UAAUAGACAUAUAUUUACCGUACUUUACAGUUUUAUACCCAUAUUAUCAUGUAUUGCUGCAGCAAAGUUAACAAACUUAUCGACACGUGGAUAUUAAACCUUAUAUACUUUGAUAAUAGAUUUACUUUGAACUUAUUCAUAAUAUACUGUAGAUAUCACAUAUUUCUGUGUUCAUCAGACAGUUAAUUCAAUACAUUCUCUAACAGUGCGUCAACACGUUACUCCUGUUUCCUCUUUAAAUUAUGCGCCCAUGAGGAGUCUGAGAGGCUGUUGCCCGAGGCCCGGCCGUUCAGUGUCCGGACCCCAGACGGUGGUCCUUCCCCACCGGGAUUUGCAUCGGCCGCACCGAAGUUCAGUGCACACCCCUGUAGCCGGCUAGUCAGCAUGCUGGGAGACCGAGCGGCGUCCUUCCCCUUCCAGCAGCACCUAAUGUCUGUCUCGGUGUGUGUCCACUCUGUCCAUCCACCUCACAGGAGCAGACGUGCGGAGCGCAAUGAAGGGUCCAGGAUAAAGGCCGGGAGUUAGGGGAUGGCCGUCCCCGGUGAUUCCAUUGACGGUGAGCGACAUAUCGAGGGGGCCUUAUCGCCUCUUUAAGUCGCAGCAAGUGCCAGCCGUCGAUUGCAGCGUGAGCUCCCGAAUCCCACGCCUGCUCUGACGCCGGGCUGCGAUUUCGAGAUUUCGAUCCGGUUGCGCUUUUGCUCCCCGCACCUCCCUGAGCCGCGCCGGCCUCCGUGCCCAUCCCCCCUCACCACCCCCAUCGCCCGCCCAGCUCGAUCCGUACGGCCAUGGCGGACUCCUCGCUGGACGACAUCAUCCGGAGGCGCGGGCUGCGCGUUAAAGGCAGACCGCUAUCGAGUCCCAGGCCUAUCAUUGGUGGUGUUAAGUCACGGAUUGGAGAUCAGUUUGUAAACUUAAGCACAAGCUGGCCAGCCAGCAGCUUUCAGAGGACUUUUGAUGCACGGCAGAAGAUUGGCAUCACUGACGCUCGGCAGCGGUUAACCAUGAGAGACGCUCGCGAUCGCUUGGGACAGAAGGACAUGCGCUCAAAAAUAACAGGGGGCACCCCAAAGGUUCUCGAUGCCCGUGAAAUGAUCAAUUCAAGGAAAAACCAGGAUGCGAGUGAAAAGGGGCUGGCAGUGAAGAAGAUUUUGGAUGCUCGGGAGCGGCUGAGUGCCAGGAGAAGUGCUCCAGCUGCGGCCACUGUUCCAGCCACAGGAACCAUCAACACAGGAGGAAGGAUAACCAAAACAAUCCAAGUACCACAGAAAAAGUCUUCUGCUCCUGUAUUGUCACAUCCCUUGGGAAUGCAGAUUAAUGUGGUGAAUGACCAAAGCCCUGGCCAGGUUAUUGAUGAAGAGGAUAUUGAAGAGGAGGAGGAAGACCAUAUUCUACGUUCAAUCCCCAUGGCAAACAAAACCAUGAAAGUCACCACUACAGUGGCAAACAACUUCACUCAAAAAAGGCCUGGUUUGACUGCCUCGAAGCUGUCUCUUGGAAAGUCUGUUCCGUUGACCAAAGUGGUCCAGAACGACUCGUACACUGCUCCUCCACAACCUCCUCUCACCCUCACUCGCUCGGGACCUUCGACAAAUGUGUCAAGAGCACCAGCCCUCGCGGCAGAGCCGGAACCAGCUGAAGAUGUGAAGCCUCCAGAGCUAAAUCUGAGCCCAUUGGAAGGAACGAAAAUGACUGUGAAUAAUCUCCAUCCACGUGUGACUGAGGAGGAUAUAGUGGAGUUGUUCUGUGUUUGUGGUGCUCUAAAGCGUGCCCGCCUCGUACACCCAGGAGUUGCAGAAGUCGUCUUCGUCAGAAAGGACGAUGCCAUCACGGCUUACAAGAAAUACAACAACAGAUGUUUAGAUGGUCAGCCAAUGAAAUGCAACCUUCAUGUGAAUGGAAACGUCAUCACUUCAGAGCAGCCAAUCUUGUUGAGACUGAGCGACAGUCCAGUGGUGAAGAAGCCCGAGCUCCCCAGGGUCAAGCCCCGUCCAUCCAACCAGCCUCCGGCAGAGGUUGACCCAGAGAUCAUCCUGAAAGCGCUCUUCAAAUCCUCAGGACCUUCGACAUCGGCCCAUCCCACCGCGUUCAAGAUCAAACUCUAACUUGCAUCAGUGAGACCACCUUCAGACUCGACCACAGCCCAAUUCCUCGGCCUUCGGCAUCUUAAUAGUUUCCUGACCUCCUUUAGGUCCCUUCCACCUGAUGCUGUCGGGGCAGGUGGUGUUCAGUGGGCAGUAGCUGAGGUCCCCUCUGCCCCUGUCCGUCAGCACGCUGUCUCUUGACCUGCUCGGCCAGGCCAGUGAACUUGCCUCAUUGGCCACCUGGUCUAAGUGCAUUCCGGUGCUGGUGAUACAGGUUGUUCCACAGACCGAUCUGGUCACGAUUGCUCAUUUCACUCCUCUCUCUGGCAGAAGGUGGCUUGAGUGACGGAGAUGAGGUGCUUUAACCUACUGCCCCAAGCCCAUUCUCUCAGGAGCUUCGCUUCUCCCCACAGGGAACAGAGCUGAACCACGUUCCCGUGCUCCGAGCAGCCCCUCACCUUGUUAUUCUCACACACCUUCCCCAAGGUUGACCAAGGAAAGGCAGCAGACUAGAUCAGUGUCCCUGGCAGGAAUAAACUGCAUUCCCCACUUGUUUUAUUGAUCACCAAUCCCUGUUUAUGGUGUGUGUGCUCCGGGUACUAAUAUAAUGAGACUGGCUUCUCACCGACUGCAUGUUCAUCAUGUCCUUUGCUUUCCGCAGUUUAAAUCACAAGCCCAGGCCUGGCAGGAGCUGGUUUGCACCCUCUGCCCGGCCCGCGAGGGCUGUGGUUCCAGGUGUUGCUGAGGGCAUUCACAAGCAGUGGAAUAGAGCCAGUUGGGGCAAAGACUCGGCUGUCACCGCUGCCUCUCCCACUCUCACUGCAUCUCUCCAUGCAGCUGCCAGCAGCUUUGCCGACUCAGAAUUACAUUUGAGAUUCUACAUGACCCACCCUGGAGAAUUUCUCCAGAUUAGUCGAGGUGUAUGUCUCCUGUGUUUGUUUGGGCUGCUGUCUCCCUGCACCAUGAGGAACCUGGACUGCUACAGAGGUGAACUGCCAGGUACACUGAUACCUGGCACUCAAACAACAGGCCUCAGCAGGAGAGCUGGCUUGCCCAGAACCUCCUGCAUUUAAUAAAUGUGGUUAAAGUAUUUGAUCAUCUCAGUUAAUAAGUUCUUCGGCCUCUCGUUCAAGAAGUGGAAGAAUUUCACAGCCUAAUGAGUGACCUUGUGAGCGAUAAAGGAUCUAGAUCAGAAAUAUUUUGCAGAUACAAGGUCACAUUGUGUUUAAAAGGAAAAUGUGUUCAGUUGCUUGUGGUUUGCAGACAGAUGUCACUGAUGGGUUGUCCAUCUAGGGCAGGGGUUCUCUACCUUUUUUAUGCCAUGAACCAAAGCCAUUAAGCAAGCAAUCCAUGGACAUCAGGUUGCGAACCCCUGGUCUAGAGUGAAUCAGCCCAUGUCUGCAAGGAUGAGUAGAUCGUGUUAAAGAAUUAUAACAAAGUGAGUAAGUCCUCCCCUAUUUGAUUAGAAUAAUUCUAUCAUUCUGUCUUUUUAAAAUAUUCUUGAAGUUUUUGCCCCUUUCUCUUUGCUGUGGGGAGUUUUACUCCCAGGGACUGGCAACAGGAGCAGAGGGACGUGGACCUCUAGCUCUGUGCAUUUGGCAGGUUCCUCAAUUUCCAGACCUUUCCUAGAUCGUUUCUGUAGAGUAAAUUCCUGUUUGUGUUGUUUUUAGCUGUAAGUCGACGUGACUGGGUGAUCAUUUAGGGAUUAUAUAGAGGAGGAGGGUGUAAUUUUUAUUUACGGUUGAAGUGUGUGAGCGUCAGUGAACCUCAGUGUGAUUUUGUGUGCCAGUGCAAGGGACGCAGCUGGGCUUUGAGGCAAUGCUGCUGAACAGGUUGGUGCCGAGCAUCACUCAGUUUGUGUGGAAAGAGCAUGGGAUCUAUUGUGAUAAUAACCUGAAUACUGACUGAACCAUAGUCAGAAUGAGAUGCAGGCCCCUACUUGUGUUGGUUGAUUCAUUGUUGAGGAAGAAUCAAUGGGAAGACUCAAAUUCUAAAUGCUUCUGAUGUAUUGCUGACUGGUUAAAAUGUGCCUAUUAUCUGCACAUUCACUGUGAUCAGAAAGGGGAAGAUAAGGGGGAUGUGUGGAAGAGAGCUUUUUUUCCUAAUAAAUCAGUGGUAACUGUAUGGUUCCCUUUGGGAAUGGAUUAGGCCAAAAGAACAGACCUGUAACCCUGUCCCAACAACUACACAUUGUUUUUGCUCCAGCUGUAGCCAGGGUCUGCCCCCCCACCCCUCACUCUGUUUUUCUGGGCGGUUCUGGCUGCCUGCUGUGUUAUCCGUGCUGGAGAGCAGCUGCUCAGAGACUAAUGGAGCUUAGAUUGGUGCUGAGAAGUCCUCUUUUCCAGUACCAAGACGGGCCACGGUCUCACUCAAACCAUAAAAGGAGAUACGUCAUCCACUGAAGUCCAACCACUCGCCAUGUGUGGAGUCAGCCUUGGCACAGGGAUAUCUUGAUGUGCUGGAUGAUUAAUGUGAAUGUUUUGCAGCCAUGGUGUCCUAUCCACCUAGACCAUCUUGUUGCACCCCCGAUAGUUUUCCAAUAAAACCUGGAGCUGCCUACCAACCGUAACCAUGGAUAUGUUCCACUUGGGGCGGGUGAAGUUGGUUGAAAUGUACUUUUGAUUUUUUUUUAAGAAGUAAAGCCUCCAGGAACACUUGGUUUAGCUGGAGAUGUGCAUUAAACCCACAGAUUUUGUUGUCAGUGCCCAGUCGGGUUGAGCUGUGCCUCACCUUUCUAAGUGUGCUCCUGUCCUCUGCUCUACGUGAGGUGCAUGUAUGUGGAUUACCUGAGACUCACAGUCUGCUCACAGGUGCUCCAGAUGCUGUGGUGCUGAACUUGUGUGUCGACUCAGGAAAGGUACUGUAACUCGAGAUCGGGUCAAGGGAUAUAAUUUGGGCUUGGUUAUGGUCUGAGGCGGGCUCCCAUGUUCUGGAUGCAGAAUAAAGGCAGCUGCGGGUGAACACAGGCAGAUCCGCACCCCUUGUAACACCAGGGACGGUGCUGUCACCAUUUUGACAUGCGCACAAUCUCGUGUCGUUAUUGCCUGGACAGUGGCCUUUGUAAGCAGGUUUGGCGUUUGACCAUUUUAAACUGUGCUUUGUGCACCUGUCAAAGACCAUGUCUGAUACAGACCAGCACUGGGCGUCAGACAGGUUGUGUAAAUACGUUUACCUUAAACAGUGUGUUCUGUUCCUCAUUUACAAUACAACUAAAUAGAUAUUGUACAGAAAAUACUUGUCCGUUGUCUUUCUUUCAUACAGCAUUAAACGUUAAAGGUACACAACGUAUUGUUUGUAAAG